AUGGGGGCCUUCCGGUUUUCGUACCUGCUUCGCUCUAGUCCCCGCUCCAGCUCCUGCUCCAACCCUGCUGGGUUCCAGCUCGGCGGCUCCACGUCCCGGCCCCGGUUUCACGUCCCGGCCCCGGUUUCACGUCCCGGCCCCGGUCCCGGCCCCGGGUUUCACGUCCCGGCCCCGGGUUUCACGUCCCGGCCCCGGCUCCACGUCCCGGCCCCGGCUCCACGUCUCGGCCCCGGCUCCACGUCCCGGCCCCGGCUCCACGUCCCGGCCCCGGCUCCACGUCCCGGCCCCGGCUCCACGUCCCGGCCCCGGCUCCACGUCCCGACCCCGGGUCCACGUCCCGACCCCGGCUCCACGCCCCAGCUCCUGCCUUUCCUACGGUCCCUCUCCCUCCCUGGUUGUUUUUUGGACGUCUGGGAUCCGUCCCUUGAGGAGGGGGACUAUGAAGAGAUAGAGGACUAUGUAGAGAUAGAGGACUAUGAAGAGAUAGAGGACUAUGAAGAGAUAGAGGACUAUAAAGAGAUAGAGGACUAUGAAGAGAUAGAGGACUAUGAAGAGAUAGAGUAA